UCGAGGGCUGCACGGAUGAUUAAGUUGGGCUAGGGGAGGAGCUGUGAUUCCUGUCUCAGGUCCAGGCAAAAAUCAACCAGAAUUAGACUCUCUAAACAUCACAAAUAUGGAGGUAGAUGAUAGGAUUCCAAGUUUUUGUGAGGACACAACCAUCAUACUAUAUGCAGAGCAGCUGCAGCUUAUGCUCGACAAACUUCCUGAUAAUGCAAAGAAAAAGAUCAAGCCACUGCUGGAAGGCAAGAAGGCAAAUGCUGCUGAUGUCUGGCAUCAGCUGCUGCUGCUGAUGGAAGAUGAGUUAAGCCGCCGUGAGGUGCUGCUGGGUGUCCCUGGAGUAGUACCUGCACUACUGGCUGGCUUGAGUGACCAAGACAGCACUGAAAUGUUCCUGUCUGCACUGGCUGACACAGUCAAGUAUCUGCCUCAGCUGUCAGGGUGUGUGGAGGCGCUGCUGAGCCAGUGCUCAGAGCCGCCGUGGCUGCCGCUGGUCGGUGGCGGCGGCGGUGACAGUGGCGACGACAGCGGCAGCAGCGCGCCCAGCCGGCGGAAGCGACGCCGGCUGGAGUCGGGCUACACACGCCGCCUGCUGGCUGUGCUGCUGCCUCUAGUGCUGCGCUUCCCAGAAACGGCCCGCCACCUCUGGGACUGGUCCGGCUUCUUCCGACUGAUGCGCGACAGUGACGCCGAGACGCGAUGGCUGGCGGCGCGCCUCGCAGCGCUCGUGUCGGGCAUGGGUGCGGCGCAGACGGCGGCGCUGACGGCGGCGGCCGGCCUGGACGGCGGCGCCGAGCUGGCACUGGCAGCGCGCCACCUCAGUCCCACGCCGAUGGCGGGGCCGCCGGACGUCCGCCCGGGUCGCGAUGUCGGUGGCCACCGCUCGCGCGCCCUGCUCACCUCCGAGGACAUCUCGGGACCGCUAGUAUGCGUGGAGGGCAUCACCCUGCCCGUCGUCGAUACCCAGGCCGCGUGCCCCGGCCCGCUGGUGCGCGUGGCCGAGACACGCUCGGCGCUGCGCGCGCUGGCGCUGGCGGCAGCGGCCGGCCGGCCGGCCCUUCUGCAGGGCCCCGUCGGCUCCGGGAAAACCUCGCUGGUGCACCAGCUGGCGUCUGUCACCGGCCACGUGGGCUGGCCGCGCCUCGUCACCGUUCAGCUAGGCGACCAGACGGACAGCAAGCUGCUGCUGGGCACGUACCGCUGCACGGAGGUGCCCGGAGAAUUUGUCUGGCAGCCUGGCUGUCUGACUCAGGCCGUGACGGAGGGCCACUGGCUGCUCCUGGAGGACGUGGACCACGCGCCGAUGGACGUGGUGUCGCUGCUGGUGCCGCUGCUCGAGUCGCGCGCGCUGACCGUGCCCGGCCAUGGGGACGUGGUGCGCGCCGCGCCUGGCUUCCAGCUGUUCGCCACUCAGAGACUGCUGCCCGGCUCUGGCGGGAUGCACAAGCAGCAGGUGUCGCACUCGAGUCUGCUGGACAAGCUGUGGCAGAGGAUUGCCGUCCAGCCGCUGCCGAUCGAACAGCUCAAACAGGUCAUCGUGCACAAGUGGCCGAAGCUUGCCACGGUCGCUGAUCGCAUGCUGGAAGUGUACGAUGUGAUGACGUCAGCACGGGACUCCGGUGACGUCACGGGCACGGAGCGGUGCCCAGAGACAGCCCGGCUGCAGAUGAAGGAGGCCCGCAUGGUCUCCACCAGAGACCUGAUGAAGUGGUGUCAGCGCAUCGGCGACACGUUCGACGUCACGUCGGCCCGCUGCGCCAGCAUCAUGUUCCAGGACGCAGCCGACAUCUUCUGCGCCGCCGUGGCCAGACGAGAGCUGCGACUGCCGCUGGCCCAGGAGAUCGGUGCGCGCCUCAACCUGCUGAGCGCCCAGGUGGAGUUCAGCGUCUGCAGUCACAAGCCGAGUGUGGUGCUGACGCCGGAACUCGUGACGGCCGGGCGCGCUCAGCUCGGCGUGCGCCACGCCAGCGUGGUCACCAGUCAGAGGUCCAGUGUGCAGUUCUCCUUCACGCGCCAGUCUUGCGUUCUGCUGGAGCGCGUCGGUGUCGCCAUCUCUUGUCGGGAGUCGGUGCUGCUGGUUGGCGAGACGGGCGUGGGCAAGACGUCGAGCGUGCAGUACCUGGCCGAGAAGACCGGCCACAAGCUGGUAGUCAUCAACAUGAACCAGCAGAGCGACAGCGCUGACCUGCUGGGAGGAUACAAACCGGUGGACAUCAAACAGGUCAUGGCGCCUCUGCGUGAAGAUUUUGAGUCUCUCUUCAAAGAAACCUUUGAUGUUACUUCGAACGAGAAGUUCCUGAAAAAUAUCAUGGCGCUGUUCGCCGCCGGCCGUUGGCAGGACAUGGCCGCUCUGAUGAGGCACGUGCACGGCCAGGCGCCGGCCCGGUUGCGCCGCCGCGGCCUGCCGCCUGAACACCGGCUCUGGGCCGGCUGGCAGGCGCUGGGCGCGCGCCUGCAGCGCCUGCGCGACCGCGGCCAGCGCGAGCUGGCGCUGGCCUUCGCCUUCAUCGAGGGCACGCUGGUCAGGGCGCUCCGCGAAGGCUGCUGGGUGCUGCUGGACGAGAUCAACCUGGCGUCGGCCGAGACGCUGGAGUGCCUGUCGGGCCUGCUGGAAUCGCCGGACGGGCCGCUGACGCUGUUGGAGCGGGGCGACGUCCAGACGGUCGGCCGCCACCCGCACUUCCGCCUGUUCGCCUGCAUGAACCCGGCCACCGACGUGGGCAAGCGCGACCUGCCGGCCGGACUGCGCAACAGGUUUACCGAGUUUUUCGUGGACGAGCUGGAGGAGGAGUCGGACCUGCGUGUGCUCACCGGCGACUACCUGCGCCACCUGGCGGCCAGCGCCGCCCAGCUCGGCGGUGUGGUGGCCUUCUACCAGCGCGUGCGCCGCGAGGCGACCGACCGCCUGCAGGACGGCACCGGUCACCGGCCUCACUACAGCUUGCGCACGCUGUGCCGGGCCCUGCGCGUGGCGGCGCGCAACCCCUGCGGAGCAGUCAGCCGCUCCCUGUACGAGGCGCUCUGCUUCAGCUUCCUCACGCAGCUGGACCGCGCCUCGCACCCGACAGUCACUGGUCUGGUGGAGACGCUGGUGCUGGGUGGCCGCAAGAAGGGCCUGCUCGAGCAGCCGAUCCCGGCGCCCGAGCUCAAGGGCUACGUCCAGUUCGAGGGCUACUGGGUGCGUCAGGGCAAGGAGGAGCCCAAGCCUCCCGAUAACUACGUGCUGACGGCGUCCGUGCGUCAGAACCUGCGUGACCUGGCGCGCGCCGUCUCGCUGGGCGGCCAGCCGGUGCUGCUGCAGGGCGAGACGUCCGUCGGCAAGACCUCGCUCAUCAGCUACCUGGCCGCCGCCUCGGGCAACCGCUGCGUGCGCAUCAACAACCACGAGCACACCGAUCUGCAGGAGUACGUGGGCGCGUACGGCGCAGACGCUCACGGCCGCCUCGUCUUCCAGGAGGGGGCGCUAGUGGAGGCGAUGCGACGCGGCCACUGGAUCAUCCUGGACGAGCUGAACCUGGCGCCGUCCGACGUGCUGGAGGCACUGAACCGCGUGCUGGACGACAACCGGGAGCUCUUCAUCCCAGAGACGCAGACAGUGGUGCGCGCCCACCCGCGCUUCGUGCUGUUCGCCACGCAGAACCCGCCCGGCCUGUACGGCGGACGCAAGAUGCUGUCCCGCGCCUUCCGCAACCGCUUCAUCGAGCUGCACUUCGACGACAUCCCGCCGCCCGAGCUGGAGAUAAUCCUGCACGAGCGCUGCCACUUGCCGGCCAGCUACUGCCGCAAGAUGGUGGCCGUGCUGCUGGACCUGCAGACCCGGCGGCGCGGCAGCAGCGUCUUCCAGGGCAAGCAGGGCUUCAUCACGCUCCGGGACCUGUUCCGAUGGGCCGAGCGGUACCGGCUGGCCGGCCAGCAGGCGGCGCGCUUCUACGACUGGGACCAGCACGUGGCGGACGAAGGCUAUCUGGUGCUGGCCGGCCGGGUGCGGAAGGAGGAGGAGUGUGACGUCAUUGCCGCCGCCCUGCAGAAACACUUCAAACGGACGGUAGACGUGCAGAACCUUUUCUCCCUGCACGAGAAGACGUCUCCGGUGACGCGACCGGUGCUGGAGCAGCUGCUGUCGGGCCGUAGCGGCGAGCUCGGCUUCCAGCACCUGGUGUGGACCUUCAGCACUCGCCGGCUGGCCGUUCUCCUCUGCCAGGCGCUGCGGUUCCGGGAGCCGGCUCUGCUGGUGGGCGACACGGGCUGCGGUAAGACCACCGUCUGCCAGCUGCUGGCGGCCGACGCCGGCCGCCAGCUCCACACCGUCAACUGUCACAUGCACAGCGAGGGCGCCGACUUCCUGGGCGGGCUGCGGCCCGUCCGCAACAGACAGGGAGAGGAGGAGGAGGAGGAGGCGAGCGCGCUCUUCGAGUGGGUCAACGGCCCGCUGGUGGAGGCCAUGCGGCGGGGCGACUACUUCCUCUCUGACGAGAUCUCGCUGGCGGACGACAGCGUGCUGGAGCGGCUCAAUUCCGUGCUGGAGCCGGAGCGGACCUUGCUGCUGGCGGAGAAGGCCGGCGGCGACGGCUCCGACCUGGUGGUGGCGGACGGCGAGUUCCGAUUUGUGGCCACCAUGAACCCGGGCGGGGACUACGGCAAGAAGGAGCUGUCGCCGGCGCUGCGGAACCGGUUCACGGAGAUCUGGUGUCCGCAGUCGCGCUCCCGCAACGACCUGGAGGCCAUCAUCGCGCACAACCUGCGCGCCGGCAGCGCCUCGCUCGCCCAGAUCAUGAUGGACUUUGUCCAGUGGUUCUCCGCCUCGGACGCGGGCAAAAAGGUCACUGUCAGCAUCCGCGACAUCCUGGCCUGGGUCAACUUCAUCAACGUGGCCGGCGACUCUGGUGUGGCCGUGCCGCAGGCCUACAUCCACGGCGCGUGCCUGGUGUUCCUGGACGGCCUGGGCUCGGGCCAGCCGGCCUCCUCCAGCACCUCCUUGCGGGCGGCGCGCGACGAGUGCCUGCGCCACCUGACGGACCAGAUGGCGCGCUGGUCGGACGAGGCUGGCGUCGCGCUCGAGCUUGACGGCCAGCUCGUCAACAGCGACGCACAGUUCGGGUUCGCCCCGUUCGUGAUCGCGAAAGGCUCGGAUGUGCCGGCCGUCUCGCUGGAAGGCGUGUUCAGCCUGACGGCGUCUACACCGGCCGAGAACGCGCGUCGCCUGCUUCGCGCGCUGCAGUUGACCAAGCCGGUGCUGCUGGAGGGCAGCCCCGGCGUGGGCAAGACGAGCCUGGUGGCGGCGCUGGCGCGCGCCUCCGGACACCGACUCACCCGCAUCAACCUCUCCGACCAGACGGACGUGUCUGACCUGUUCGGGGCCGACCUGCCGGUGGAGGGCGGCCGCGGCGGACAGUUCGCCUGGCGCGACGGACCGCUGCUGCAGGCACUCAAGGCCGGACACUGGGUCGUCUUGGACGAGCUGAACCUGGCGUCACAGUCGGUGCUGGAGGGCCUGAACGCCUGUCUGGACCACCGCGGCUCGGUGUUCGUGCCAGAGCUGGGGCGCACGUUCGCCCUCCAACGGGGCGUCACGCGCAUCUUCGCAUGCCAGAACCCGCUGCACGAGGGCGGCGCGCGCAAGGGCCUGCCCAAGUCCUUCCUCAACCGCUUCACACAGGUGUUCGUGGAGCCGCUCUCGCAAGACGACCUGGAGCACAUCGUGCUGUCGACGCGUCUGCCGGCGGGCGGCCGCUGUCCGCCGGCGGCUGACGUGCGCCGCAUGGCUGACUUCAGCCGUCGACUCAACGCCGCCGUCCACGGCCGGCGCGAAUUCGGCCAGCGCGGCGGGCCCUGGGAGUUUAACCUGCGCGACAUCACCAGGUGGUGCGAGCUGCUGGCGGCCGAGUCCGAGCCGGGCUCACCGGGGCGACAUGUCCAGCUGCUGUACGCCGACCGGAUGCGCUCCGCCACCGACAAGGCGGCCGUGCUGCAGCUCUCGGACCAGGUGUUCGGGGAGCGGUACGUUCGUCCGCCGUGCCAUCUAUCAGUGUCCUGUGAAGCUCUGUGUGUGGGUCGCUCCCGCAUGGAGCGUGCUGCGGACGAGAACCACGUCAUGUCGGCGUCCGACCUGGACCUGCAGAUCGUGCGGGGCCAGCUGCCGACCAUCGAGUCCCUGAUGACGUGCAUCAACAUGAACUGGAUGGCCAUCCUGGUGGGGCCGGCCGAGAGCGGCAAGACGUCGGCCGUGCGCACGCUGGCCGCGAUGGCCGGACGCCGUCUGCGCGUGCUCACCAUGAACUCGGCCACGGACACCACCGAGCUGUUGGGCGGCUUCGAGCAGGCUGACCUGAGACGACACCUGGAGGAGGUGACCCGGGAGCUGGAGGAGCUGACCUGGGCGCAGGUCAGGUCGCACCUGCUGGCGCAUGGCUCGCCCCCGGCCGAGGCAGAGAGCCGCUGCGCGCAGAUC